AUGAACAUCUUUUUUUGCUCCCAUCCACCAAUGGCAUUAACCUUCAUACCAAAUCUCAGUGCUCUAUCCACAAUGUUGUUAAUGGUUCUAGCCGUGACUACAUCUUUGGUCCUAGCCAGUCAUGAGGUCAAAGAAACCCAACUUUCCUUCUACUUUCAAGACAUCUUUGCCGGUUCGAAUGCCACAGACAUACCAUUUGCAGGUAUUUCCGGCAAGGCUUGGACCUUCACUCAAUUUGCCACACUUUAUGCCAUUGAUGACCCUGUCACGGAAGGCUCACACCCAAACUCAGCCUCCGUUGGCCGGGUACAAGGCACCUCUAUGACAUCAGCAUUGGAUGGACUUAAUGCUCAUGUCUUGUUUUCCAUUGUGUUCACAAACAAGAAGUACAAUGGUAGCACUCUACAGAUACAAGGGAUUGAUAAGCAAUUCGAGCCAGUUAGAGAAUUAUCAGUGGUUUCAGGUACUGGAAAUUUUCGAUUUGUUAGAGGAUAUAUUACUUUCGAAACGAUUUCCGUGGACAUUCCAAACUCAUACGCAGUUAUACGAUGCAACGUUACGGUGAAACACUACUAG